AUGGAAGACGAAAGACCAGCCAAAGGACCGAAAAUCGUACCGGUCAAAAACAAAAUGCCGGCACCGAUUCAAAUAACAGCUGAACAAUUAUUACGUGAAGCAAAAGAAAAACAACUUGAAUAUGUUGCACCACCACCAAGACAAAAAAUUAGUGAUCCAGAAGAAUUAGCUGAAUAUCGAAUGAAAAAACGAAAAGAAAUGGAAGAUGCUAUAAGAAAAAAUCGUCUAAAAAUGGUUAAUUGGGUUAAAUAUGCUCAUUGGGAAGAAUCACAACAAGAAAUUCAACGUGCUCGAAGUAUUUGGGAACGUGCACUUGAUGUUGAUUAUCGUAAUAUAGCCAUUUGGCUAAAGUAUGCCGAAAUGGAAAUGCGCUACAAACAGAUCAAUCAUGCACGUAAUAUUUGGGAUCGAGCUAUUGCUAUAUUACCACGAGCUAAUCAAUUUUGGUAUAAAUAUACAUAUAUGGAAGAAAUGCUUUCAAAUAUAGCUGGUUGUCGACAAAUAUUUGAACGUUGGAUGGAAUGGCAACCAGAUGAACAAGCAUGGAAUACAUAUAUUAAAUUUGAACUACGUUAUAAUGAAUUAGAACGUGCACGAAUGAUAUAUGAACGUUUUGUUGUAACACAUCCUGAACCUAGAAAUUGGAUACGUUAUGCUAAAUUUGAAGAACAAAAUAAUUAUAUUAAAUCAGCACGACGUAUUUAUGAACGUGCUAUUGAAUUUUUUGGUGAAGAACAUUUAAGUGAACGUUUAUUAUUAGAAUUUGCAAAAUUUGAAGAACAUCAAAAAGAACAUGAUCGUUGUCGAAUGGUAUAUAAAUAUGCACUUGAACAUUUACCUAAAAGUUCAUGUGAAGAUAUAUUUAAAGCAUAUACAAUACAUGAAAAAAAAUAUGGUGAUCGUACUGGUAUUGAAGAUGUUAUUACAAGUAAAAGAAAAUUUCAAUACGAAGAAGAAUUGAAAGAAAAUUCAAUGGAUUAUGAUACAUGGUUUGAUUAUUUACGUUUACUUGAAAGUGAAGGAGAUGUUGCUGUUAUUCGAGAAGCUUAUGAAAAAGCUAUUGCUCAAAUACCACCUAUUCAAGAAAAACGAUAUUGGCGUCGUUAUAUAUAUAUAUGGAUAAAUUAUGCUUUAUUUGAAGAACUUGAAGCUGAAAAUAUUGAACUUACACGUGGAGUUUAUAAAAAUUGUUUAAAUUUAAUUCCACAUAAAAAAUUUACAUUUGCAAAAAUUUGGCUUUAUUAUGCACAAUUUGAAAUUCGACAAAAAGAAUUAGCAUCUGUUCGAAAAAUUCUUGGUACAGCCAUUGGUAUGUGUCCAAAAGAUAAACUUUUUCGUGGUUAUAUUGAUUUGGAAAUUCAAUUAAGAGAAUUUGAUAAUUGUCGAAGAUUAUAUGAAAAAUUUCUUGAAUUUGGUCCAGAUAAUUGUACAACUUGGAUUAAAUUUGCUGAAUUGGAAAGUAUUCUUGGUGAUACUGAUCGUGCACGUGCUAUUUAUGAACUUGCUAUUGAACAGCCAAGACUUGAUAUGCCUGAAUUAUUAUGGAAAGCAUUUAUUGAUUUUGAAAUUGAACAACAAGAAUAUGAUCAUGCAAGAAAAUUAUAUAGUAAAUUACUCAAAAAGACUCAACAUGUUAAAGUUUGGCUUAGUUUAGCACAAUUUGAAGCAGUAAUUGAUGAAUCAGAUUCUAUUGAUCGUGCACGAGAUGUAUUUGAACAAGCAUAUAAAACACUUCGAACAGCAAAUGAUAAAGAAGAACGGUUAAUGCUUGUUGAAAAUUGGCUGGAUUUUGAAAAAGAAAGAGGUACAAAAGAAAGUGUAGCUCGUGUUGAGAAAUGUCUACCAAAACGUAUAAAACAACGUCGAAAAAUUCUUAGUGAAGAUGGAACUGAUUCAGGUAAAUGGGAAGAAUAUAUGCAGCUUGUUUUUCCUGAUGAUGAAGCUGUUCAACCUCAUUUGAAAUUAUUAUCAAUGGCUAAACGAUGGAAAAAAGGACAAGACGAUGUUUCAACAUCAACGAAUGUGAAUACAGAUAAUGAUAUGUCAACAGCAAAAACAACAACAGAAACAGAAGACGAUAAUAUUCCUCUACCGGAAUCGCGUAUUGAUGAUGAAGAAAUGAACGAUGAAUCUUAA